AUGGGGAAAAGAAAUUUGAAAGUAAUACUACUAGCGGGGUCGUUAAUACUAUCAUUUAUCUACCUUUUGCGAUCGUAUGGAUCAUCAUCAUCUUAUAAAACGGAAUAUAAUUCACCGAAAUUACAACUAUAUAGAGAAUUAGAAACACAUAAAAAUUGGAAAACAAAAGGUUUAAAUUUUCAAUCCAACUCUAAAAAUCUAGUGGUACCCUCAAAUAAAGUAUCUGAACAAUUAUCAAUAUAUUUCCCCUACGACAUAAAUUCAGAUUUUCCCAAAAUUAUAUGGCAAACUUGGAAAGUUGGAUUAAAUGAUGAAUCAUUUCCCAAAAGAUAUAAAAAUUAUCAAUUAACUUGGGAUGAAAAAAAUCCAAAUUAUAAACAUUAUAUAUUACCUGAUGAACAAUGUGACAUAAUGAUUAAUGAAUUAUACCAAGUGGUUCCUGAUGUUGCAAAAGCAUAUAAAAUUAUGCCCAAAUCAAUUUUAAAAGCUGAUUUUUUUAGGUACUUGAUUCUUUUUGCAAGAGGUGGAGUUUAUUCUGAUAUUGAUACUGUUUCUUUGAAACCAAUAGAUACUUGGCCAAGUGCACAACGAGAAAUAUGGGGUAGAUUCAAUCCUGCUGGAUUAGUGGUGGGAAUAGAAGCUGAUCCCGAUAGGCCAGAUUGGGCAGAAUGGUAUGCUCGAAGAAUUCAAUUUUGUCAAUGGACAAUUCAACUGAAAAAGGGUCAUCCAAUGUUAAGAGAGCUUAUCUCUAGAAUAACAGAAUUAACAUUAACAAGAGAAAUCAAACAUCAAUUAACAAAAACUCUUGGAAAAGAUGAAGGUGGUGAUAUAAUGAAUUGGACAGGUCCAGGAAUUUUUACCGAUUUUGUGUUUCAAUAUAUGAAUUUAAUUUUACAAUCUACUGAAAAUACUGUUAAAAAGAAAACAGAACAAAUUAUUGAUUGGAAAUUAUUUUCUGGUAUGGAACAACCGAUUGUGAUUGAUGAUGUUUUAAUUUUACCAAUUACUUCUUUUAGUCCUGAUGUUGAACAAAUGGGUGCUAAGAGUUCUAAUGACCCACUAGCAUUGGUCAAACAUAUUUUCGCUGGUGUUUGGAAGAAUCCAAAAAUUACUCAAUAG